CCUUAACCUCUCUCUACCCCUCUCGUCUUGCGUUCUCCCAGUUUCAGCAGAAGAAGCAGCAGCAGCCAUGGGUGGAGUAGGAAGAGGUGGUGGACAAAAGAGAGGAAGAACACAGAGAAAACACUUUAAACAGACUAGAGAAAACGUUUGGAAGAAAACUAGAUCUGAUUCUACUAACAACAAUGAUAAUAACAAUGGUGAAAAUCACCAACCAGGGUGGGAACCUUUUGCUAAUCAGAACUUAGCUUUUGAAGCUUAUUACAAAGAACAAGGUAUAGUGAAGGAGGAGGAAUGGAAAGUGUUUAUGAAUGUUCUUCAUAAACCAUUGCCAGCUGCUUUCAGAAUCAAUUCUAGUGGACAAUUUUAUGAGGAUAUUCGUUCCCAGCUAGAGAAUGACUUUAUGAAAACUCUUGAAUUCGAGGUGGCUGAUGGUGAUGAAGGGAUACCUGUCAGACCAUUACCUUGGUAUCCUAAUAAUAUGGCUUGGCAUUCGAAUUUUUCAAGAAUGCAGUUACGCAAGAAUCAAUCUCUUGAGAGGUUUCAUCAUUUCUUGAAGCAAGCAAAUGAUAUUGGAAACAUAACACGACAAGAGGCUGUUAGCAUGGUACCCCCACUGUUCCUGGAUGUACGGCCUGAACAUUUCGUACUUGAUAUGUGUGCAGCUCCUGGCUCGAAAACGUUCCAAUUACUUGAGAUAAUACAUCAAUCAUCUGACUCAGCACUGCCUACUGGACUGGUUAUCGCUAAUGAUGUGGACGCCCAAAGGUGUAACCUUCUCAUCCACCAGACCAAGAGAAUGUGUUGUGCCAACUUGAUAGUUACCAACCAUGAGGCUCAGCACUUCCCCAGCUGCAAUUUGAGCAAAAACGGCGUAGACACAUCUGAACAUGGAAAUCCAGAUAUCAGUCAACUCUUGUUUGAUCGAGUCUUAUGUGACGUUCCAUGCAGUGGAGAUGGAACUCUUCGCAAGGCUCCUGACAUUUGGAGGAAGUGGAGUGGAGGUAUGGGCAACGGAGUGCAUCGCCUUCAAGUGCAGAUCGCUAUGCGUGGUAUUGCUUUGCUUAAAGUAGGUGGAAGAAUGGUAUACUCAACCUGUUCGAUGAAUCCCGUCGAGAAUGAAGCUGUGGUUGCUGAGAUUCUGAGGAGAUGUGGGGAAUCUGUUGAACUUCUUGAUGUCUCUACCGAGCUCCCUCAAUUGGUCCGUCGCCCGGGAAUUAAGAGUUGGAAGGUCCGUGAUAAGGGUGUAUGGUUAGCUUCUUACAAAGAUGUGUCUAAGUACCGCAGAACUGCCAUUGUGCCAAGCAUGUUUCCUUCCGGUCAAAGCUUUGAUGCCGAAACAGUGGUUCCUUCAGGGUUAGAUGAAAACGUGGUUCCUCCUAGCAAUGACAAUGACAUGGAGAAUGUAGAUUCUGAUCAUGUCAACAAGCAGUCCGAGAUCCUUGUGAGUCCAACUGAUGCUUUGGAGAUGGAGGUUUCAGAUCUCCCUCUAGAACGUUGCAUGAGGAUAGUGCCCCAUGAUCAGAACACUGGAGCUUUUUUCAUUGCAAUUCUUCAGAAAGUAUCCCCUCUUCCUGCGGUUUCAAGUUCCACCAAACCGAAGGAAACUUUAACAAACGGGAAUCACAAGUUACCCUUGAAGGUAUCAGAUGAGGUACCCAGAGAAACUAAUAGCGCAGAACCAUCCGCUAUAUCAAAUGUGGAAUCAUCAGAUGGAAAAACAGAGGUUGGUGCUACAGGACUUAAUUCUCGUGAGGUAGUCGAAGAAGAAAAUGAGAAAGAACACACAGAGAAUGUGAAUGCAGAGACGGACACUAAGAAAGCUGGAGGUAACCGGAGGUUGCAAAAUCAAGGCAAGUGGAGAGGUGUUGAUCCAGUUGUUUUUUUCCGGGAGGACACUGUUCUUAGUAGUAUUAAGGAUUUCUAUGGAAUCAGUGAUUCAUUCCCAUUGAAUGAUCACCUUGUGACGCGAAAUACUGAUUUCCAGAGUUGUAAGAGAAUUUACUACAUUUCAAAGUCAGUUCAGGAUGUUAUGAAGCUGAAUUUUCAAGUCGGGCAACAACUGAAGAUAAUAUCUAUUGGUCUAAAGGCCUUUGAGCGACAAACAGUAAAAGAAGAUAGUGCUUCCGAAUGCAUGUACCGUAUAUCGUCUGAAGGAUUACCAUUACUUCUUCCUUACAUCAGCAAGCAAAUCCUAUGUGCAUCCUUGGCGGACUUCAAGCACCUGUUGCAGUACAGGUCUAUCAAAUUUCAAGAUUUUGUCAAUCCUCAAUUUGGCGAGAAGGCAUCAUCGGAGAUUAAGUUAGGGUGUUGUAUUGUUGUACUGCAAACAGAAGAUCAACCUACUUCAAAACCUAUGGAUGCAUCGACAAUAGCUAUUGGUUGUUGGAGAGGGAAGUCCAGUGUAAGUGUAAUGGUUCCAGAAACAGACUGCCAAGAACUUCUUGAGAGGCUUUCUGCACGUUUGGGGUUCGAGAUGGUUCCGGUGAAAGAAAAACCAACAGUUAGGAGAGGAAAGAAAGAUGAUGCUGAAGAGAAGCUAGUGAAAGAACCAGUAGAAGAAGAAGCUAUAGUUGGUUGAGUUAUUGAACAUUUUUCGUGUUUUAUUUUUCGUCACUUUUACUUACCAGUUUGAUUCAGCUGUAUUUGCAAUUAUAUGAUUCUUUUGCCAGAAAUUUGUAGUGAAAUCUGUUAUCAAAUAACUUGCUUCAUCUUGAAUAGAAAAAGUUAGAAACUAGUCUUGAUUUUCGUCAGGAUCUAGACCAAGAUUACUACUGCUAUCUAUGAAACUUAAAGCACCAA